AUGAGGCUUAGCUGGAUCAGAGGAAUAGUUCCUGUUCUUGCCGUGGCUCUGGCCGUACUCUACCUCAACUCCAUUAAGCAUGAGUUCCAUACGCACUCAAAGAGACUCGAGACGGCCCAUUACAACGACUCUAUCAGGGGCCAGGGCUUCUUGAAGAGGAUGGACAAAUUGGAAGCAAACAUUGACAAGCUGGUCAAAUUGAUGAGUAAAAUAGAACACAAGGAAGCACCGGCAGAACCAAAGGCUCCAGAGGUGAAGAAGGAGAAGAAGGUAGUGAGGAAACUGUAUCCCAACUCUGCUCUGUUCACCAAAUGGGGUGAUGAGCUGUCCGAGGAGGAGCAGAAAGAGGCCGAGAGCCUGUUUCGGAGAUAUGGCUACAAUGCCUUCCUCAGCGACAGGCUCCCCCUCAACAGAGAGAUCCCUGACACCCGACACCCCAGGUGUGCUGAGAAAAAAUACCCAGAUGAUCUUCCUACUAUCAGUGUAGUGCUGAUUUACCUGGAUGAAGCUCUCUCUGUCAUCAAGAGGGCCAUACGCAGCAUCAUGGAUAAGACACCAGCUCGGCUGCUGAAAGAAAUCAUACUGGUGGAUGAUCACAGCACCAAUGAGGAUCUAAAGGAGAAGCUGGAUGAAUAUAUCAUCUCCAUCCAUGAGGAGCGUCCAAGCCUAGUGAAGAGAGUCAGACACUCGGAGCAGCUUGGCCUUACCCAGGCCAGACUGUCAGGAUGGAGGGCUGCUGUAGGGGACGUAGUGGCCAUCUUGGACGCCCACAUAGAAGUGCAUGUGCAGUGGGCAGAGCCACUGUUGGCUCGCAUCAAGGAGGACCGCACCUUGAUAUUAACUCCUGUGUUUGAUAGAGUCAACUAUGAUGACCUGACAGUGACUCGCUAUGGUCCUGCAGCUGAUGCCUUUGACUGGGCUCUGUGGUGCAUGUAUGAGUCAUUCAGACCUGAGUGGUAUGCACUCAAGGAUGAGUCACAGCCUGGCAAGAGCCCCUCUAUCAUGGGCAUACUUGUAGCUGAUCGCAAAUUCUUUGGAGAGAUUGGCAGUCUUGAUGGUGGAAUGAAAAUAUACGGUGGUGAAAAUGUAGAGCUCGGCAUCCGGGUGUGGUUAUGUGGAGGGAGUGUAGAGGUAAUACCUUGCUCCAAAAUUGCCCACAUUGAACGGCAGUCCAAGCCUUACCUCCCAGACCUGAGUGCGAUGAUGAAGCGCAAUGCACUGAGAGUGGCUGAGGUUUGGCUGGAUGAAUACAAAUACAACGUCCAUGUUGCUUGGAACCUCCCACUCAAGAAUCAUGGGAUAGACAUUGGAGAUGUUUCAGAGAGGAAGAAGCUGAGAGAGAAGUUGAAGUGCAAACCUUUCCAGUGGUACCUUGAUAAUGUUUACCCUCUCCUGGACCCCCUGGACAACCUGCUUGGUUAUGGAGCUCUGAUAAAUGACCUAAAACCGGACCUGUGUAUUGACCAAGGCCCAGUGCCUGGAAACACACCCAUCCUUUAUGGUUGUCAUUUCUACUCCCCACAGAACUGUUAUUAUCGAAGUGGAGGAGAGAUCUACAUUGGCGGCAUCAAAUCUCACAAGUACAACAGCAACCGCUGCCUGGUGGAUCCGGGCACUGGAACCUACCCGGGACUGUACGAGUGCAAAGUGGCCAAGCAGAAGAAAUUCCACAUGUUGUGGGACUUCAAACAAGGAGGAUCUAUUCAGAACAGAGACACGAAGAGAUGUCUGGAGAUUGCUGUGGGUGCAGACAGCUUCUACAAACUUAUCAUUCAGCAGUGCACUGGCCAGAACUGGAAGAUCCAAAAUCUUAUCAAAGACUUUUGAAAGACCGGGUUGAGGGCAGGGCCCGGGAUACAAGACAAUAAAUGAGCCAUGUUUAUACAAAAACUGCUACUACUGCUCUUUGGUGUAAAAAUGGACUGGCCGGCUGGGAUCCGUCAUAGGCAGACAACACAUGA